AUGGAUGGAAUGAAACUCAUCAGCAUGAUGUGCUACCGGCUCUAUUCGGAUAUAUCGGGCGCUGACGACGAACAGACGUUCCUGAACUUCCAGUGCUAUCCCGACAAGGCGACACUGGACUUCAUCGUCAUCGUCGUCAAGCAUCUCGAAAUCAGUCUCGAGUAUUUCCUCGAGGGGGUCGGCAUGCACUUUGUUGACUUCACCAUCGAGAAGGGGUACGGCGAGAUGCUGCACACGCUGGGCAGGACGUUUCACGCCUUCCUGGACAACCUCGACUAUCUGCAUGCGUUCCCCGGCAUCGUCAUGCCGUCGUUCGCCUGUACGGAGGACGAUGAAGACCCAGACGUGCUCUUCGUGGACUACUACUCACGGAGAGAGGGAUUGGAGGCGCUGGCUAUAGGGGCGCUAAGAGGCUGUGCAAAGAAUUUCUACAACCUGUCCGUCCGGUUUGAAGUGAUGUGGACAAAGGCGGAGAAAAUAAACGAAACAGAGGUGGUGAAUCACGUGCGGUUCAAGGUGACCCAGGUGGGCCAGAUUGACUCUCCGACCCUGGACCUGGUGACGAUGGAGCGAGCCAAGUCGGCCAUGACGGUGGCAUUACCGGCUUCGCUGGCGCCGGCAGCCGUCAACUUCGUCAGCACCAACGAGUUCUCCGAAAUCCAUCCCUACCACUUCAUCUUCGACAAGUCGCUGACCGUGCAGCAGUACGGCUUCGGCAUAAGCGUACUCUGUCCAGAAGUGACGUCAUUCCCGGCCGUCGAUCAGCUGCUGGAGCUGGUCUGGCCGUACACCACCUUCAACUACGAGAACGUCGAGCGCUUCAAGAACCUGGUGUUCCAGUUCGCCGUGACCAAGGGCACGGCCAAGACACGGGGGACUGCUGGUUCGGUGGACUACUUAGGAGAUUAUACAAAUUGGUGA